UUUUGUUGAGCUUGUGAUUAUUUUUAUUUUUCAUUUUUUAUUUUUUAUUUUUUAGUUAUACUCCUAAGCUACCUCUAGGUACCUACCUGGUAUACAUAGAAUACCUAUAGGUACAUGAAGGUUUCCGCUAGUCCAAGCACCUAACUCUUAAAACAUCUAAAAUAUUUACAAGAGUUCAUAUGAAACUAUAUUCCAACUAAUACUUGAUAGAGCUAUAGGUACCUAGAUUAUAGCACUUUUCACUUUGUACCGCGCGCCAAGAUUAACUAUUUACCUCUAUACCCCGCUAUACAAGGGCCCUAAUAGCUCCCCUCAUCUCAAGCGUAGAGCGUAUACCUUACUUAGAGCGUACCUAACCUAUACCCUAUACUUUGAGCGCCUCCAUAACGUAAAUGGUUUACCUCUAGGAGAACCUUAUAACCAACACUCUUUUUAUAAACCCAAAACGAAUAACGAAUACAACCGAAAACUCACCACCAUAAAGCUCUAAUCCCAAUUCCAACAUGCCAGCUACGAAUCUACUCCAAGGCAAAACCGCCAUAAUAACAGGCGGCACGACGGGCAUCGGCCGAGCCAUCGCCCUGGAAUACCUGCGCCAGGGAUCCAACGUAGUCGUCAACCACCUGGGAUUCGAGCGCGACCGGCCCCACCUGGACUCGCUCAUCGCCGAGGCCGAAGCUCUGAAAACCUCCAACGCCGACCCGGGCGUGACGAUCGGCACGCUCGACCACCUCGCCGGCGACGUCUCCGACCCGGCCACGGGGCCUGCGCUCGUGGCCCGCGCGGUCGCGCGCUUCGGCCGCCUGGACGUGUGCGUGAGCAAUGCCGGCAUCUGCCAGUUCGCCGAGCUCUUGAGCCUGACGGGGGACCUGUGGGCGCGGACGGUGCGGACGAAUCUCGACGGGGCGUUCUACGUGGUGCAAGCGGCGGCGCGGCAGAUGGCGUCUCAAGAGCCCUUACCGUCUUCUUCGGCGCUAUCCUGUUCGUGGAGGAAACCGCAGCGCGGGUCCAUCAUCGGGAUAAGCUCGAUCUCGGCGCUGGUAGGCGGGGGGCAGCAGGCGCACUACACGCCGACGAAGGCGGGGGUGCUGUCGCUCAUGCAGAGCUGCGCGGUGGCGCUGGGGAGGCACGGCAUCCGGUGCAACGCGCUGCUGCCGGGGACGAUCCGGACGCAGCUGAACGACGAGGACCUGGCCGACGACGCGAAGCGCGCUUACAUGGAGGGCCGCAUCCCGCUGGGGCGCACCGGCGACCCGAGGGAUAUGGCGGGGCCGGCUGUCUUCCUCGCCUCCGAGGAGUUGAGCGGUUACGUGACGGGUUCGCAGCUGUUGGUGGAUGGCGGUCUUUUUGUUAAUUUACAAUGACCAGAUAUAAAGUAAUAAAAUGAAAAACAAACAAUGAAAAGGGGGGCGAGACCUCGGUCAGCUGGUCAAAUCGAUAUACAUAUUUAUUUACCGCGAUUGGAAACCCGGCUCAAGUUCCUCAUCCCUCCCUCGCCCCCUCCCUCCAUUCGAAUUCGAUGGUAUUGUGUACAUUCGCCUUGCCAUCCUGCAUCCACGCCAUUAUUCAUCGGGAAGCUGGAGCUAGGCGACGUAUUGUAACUCCGUACCAGCAAACAUAAGCGAAGAUGCGGAGAAGAGUGAAAGGCGAGGUAUUUAUUUAUGUGGAAACGUCGUCGAUCACGGUGGCGAAUGUAAUAUGUACAGGAGCAGCGAGAACGAAUGUGGGUUGAUUCGGGAGUUGGUAUUUGUCAAAUGCUAACUUACGCGAUAACAGCUCGCCACUGGACUCUGUGUAUAGCUUCUAAAGUAUAUAAUUGGUCGAGCCUCAUAGCUCUUCAACAGCAAUGUGAUUGGGCGUUGGAUUGAU